AUGAAUUUCUUGAAGUUAGAAAAAUUAAAAACUCUUUUGAUACAACCUGUUGCCCAAUUAUAAGUAUUAGCGCCUUUAUUAUUGGCUGUAGUUCAGUGGUAUGUAAGAGUUCUUGGGUUCGUUAUAUUUUUAAUGAUUAUCCAAUAAUAGAUGGAAUAAGCCAUCUAAUACUAUCUGACAAUGAUGUAGUACAUUAUGGUAAUGUGUUUUUAUGAGUUUUGAUUUGACAUUCAAGUGUUUUAGGCAUAGCAAUAAUAAUUAUGAUACAAUUACAGAAAUAUCAUAAAAUUAUGAUAUGUAGAAAAUGGUCGGGAUAGAUUAAUCUAUUCAUAAAAUGAAUAUGAUGGAGUUUAUCAUAGAUAUACUUUUAAUUACUUUAGUCGUUUUGUUUUUGAUAAUACAGUUAAAAUUGUUUUGGUGA